CUCGCGUCAAUCCCGCUGCGCAACUUCUGUAGGCUGGCAGACUUCCUUCAAUAUUAUUUCUGGGGAGCAGGGUAAAAGUACUAAAAAAUGUUGCCGCUCCACAACACCGGGACGGACUGAAUGGAGGCGACGUUGUCCGCGAGCGGAGAUUAAUAAACCCCUCUACGGUGCACGCGACACACACUGGUAAGCAGAAAUAAACGAGUGGCUUGUUGAGUUCUCCGUAAACGUGCAGCCCUCGGCCUCCCCAUGCCUCCAUCUCCCCUUGACGACAGAAUUGUGGUGGCGCUGCCAAGGCCGAUCCGACCUCAGGAACUCCAACUGCGCCUGGACACCAGCUACCUGGAUACCAUUUCCAGCAGCAGCAGCAGCGACACAGUCAUCAGCACCACCGUGGUGAAGAUCCGGGCGACGGCCAAUCUUGUGACGUAUAUGCCCUCAUCCAAGGGCUCCACGCGCUCGUUGUCGUGUGGAUGUAGCAGUGCCAGCUGCUGCUCUGUGACCACCUAUGAGAAGGACAGCCCGAGCCUCAGCCACAGCCAGGUGAGCGCCAGCAGCCCCAACCUCAGCUAUGCCGGGCCCCCCACUCCAAUGGUCAGCAACCAUGAAGCGAUAAGCGCCCCCAGCCUCACUCCGGGCACCCCAAAGGCAUCUGUAAGGAUCAUCCACCCCAAUGAGCUGGCUAAACGGAUGACCUGCUGCCCCAUGGGACAUCCUAUAGGACCCUUGCCGGUCAUUAUAGACUGCCGGCCCUUCAUGGAGUACAACAAGAGCCACAUCCGCGGGGCAGUGCACAUCAACUGCUCCGACAAGAUCAGCCGCCGGCGGCUGCAGCAGGGUAAGAUCACUGUGCUGGACCUCAUCUCCUGCCGUGAGGGCAAGGACUCUUAUAAGGGCAUCUUCUCCAAAGAGAUUGUGGUUUAUGAUGAGAGCACCAUGGACCCCAACCGCCUCACGUUCUCUCAGCCGCUGCACGUCGUUCUGGACUCCCUGAGGAGGGAGGGCAAAGACCCCAUAGUCCUUAAAGGAGGCCUUAGCUGCUUCAGGCAGAGCCACGAGAAUCUGUGCGAGCACUCUCUUCACCUUCACGAGGGCUUGGACUCCGGUGCAGCUGCUGGCCUGACGGGGGCGCUACCUCACUCUCUGCCCUCCACCCCGGACAUUGAGAAUGCAGAGCUGACACCCAUCCUACCCUUCCUCUAUCUGGGGAACGAGCAAGAUGCUCAGGACAUCAACAUGCUGCAGCGCUACAACAUUGGCUACAUCCUCAACGUGACCACCCACCUGCCGCUCUACCACUAUGACACGGGCCUGUUCAUCUACAAACGCCUCCCUGCCACCGACAGCAACAAGCAGAACCUGCGCCAGUACUUUGAAGAGGCGUUUGAGUUCAUAGAGGAAGCACAUCAAGCAGGUAUGGGCCUCCUGAUCCACUGCCAGGCAGGCGUGUCCCGAUCAGCCACUAUUGUGAUUGCCUACCUGAUGAAGCACACCUGGAUGACCAUGACGGACGCCUACAAGUUUGUCAAAACUAGGAGGCCCAUCAUCUCUCCGAACCUCAACUUCAUGGGCCAGCUGCUUGAGUUUGAGGAGGACCUCAACAACGGAAUUACGCCACGAAUCCUCACGCCAAAGCUGUCGGGUGUGGAAACAGUAGUGUAAAGAGAAACCAUUCGAAUCGAGGCUCACAUUUUUUAAUCACUCUCAUUGCUUUUCGAGAGGUUCGACUGCUCUGUGAGCUGGUUUGGAGUGCUUGUGAGAGAGAGUUUACUUCUUGAAUCUCCUCAUGCUCAUCUUGGGCUCCCUGGAGUAGCAAAGCUCUGGGUCAGUGGUGAUAAGAAAUGCCAAAAAUCUCUACUCUUUGGACCUGGCCACAGUCCCGGAGGAGAGGACGAGUUAGAGCGAUAGAGAGAGAAGAAGCGGUCGGUUGGAUGCUUUCCAUUUGUGACCGCAGAGGGAAAGAAAAUUCAGUUUGGGAAAGAUACUCUAUGUGCUUAGAGGCAAUUACUGAGAGGAGGAACUCUUAGAGCUCUCACUGUGGCACACUGUUUCUGUUUGCAGACUCAGGCGGGGUUGGCCACGGCAGUGCCUGUCAAAAAAAUAAAUAUAAAUAAAACAUGAAGACAUGUUUGGUGUGUUAAUGUUGUUGUUCUAUUUUUAUACAGGGGUUUAUGGGGUUGACCAUGACAAGCCCGCUGCGGCUUACUGUGCAAUAAUUUCAGAGUGGAAUGCAACUGAGACCUAGAUCUUAUGUGUAUAUAUCGGUAAUGAUUACAAAACAUUUCCAGCUCUUUGCUGAGAUGCCAUUCUGAUGUUAAUGUGAGAUUGUCCUUCACUUCUUUAUGUUAAUGUUUGGCUGUAAUGUUUGGCACAGAUGUGUAAAAGACAGAAAAAUUGCUGGGUUUUAUUUUUUGAGUGCAGCUUGUUGCUUUAUUUCAGAACAACACAUUUUUAAGUCCUGUUUGCUUCAGUGUACUAGUUUUGCCAUUCCUGCUUCAACAGAGAUAUUAUUUUGACAAUAUUUACGUUAGCAAGCACCUGUCAGCGCUUUCUUUCAGUUGCAUGGCUGCUUAAAGAGAAAUGAACACUGAAAUAUUGAUGACCAUUGAAAAACAGGGCUACUUAACAUUUUCAAUGUAACAAAAUAGAGGAUUUUCACUGCCUGCUUUUAUGUUUUUAUGACCCCCAUUUCCCCGUAAAUCCUUGACACAACCUUACUUCUUGCAGAAUUUGGUCUUUUGGACCCCACUUGUUUUCCCCCUUCAUAGCAUUUUUUCUUUGCCUAUAUUUUUCUCCAUGUCAGCCAUUACACAGCAUUGUUUUGCAGCAUUGUUAAAUUUUCCAUCACUUUGCCCCUGCUUUUUAAUACUGCCUCUUCGUAGCUUGUGGUCUUUUUGACCAAUUUCUUUUCCUUAUGACCCCUUUUUCCCAAGCAAUUUUUUUCUUUUUGAGACAAUUUUCCCCAGUUUGCUCCCCUUCAUCCAUGAUACAGUCUUUUUUUUGCAGCACCUUCUUUUUUACUAAAUUUUAACCCCUUUUGCUGGAAUGAGACUUACUUAGACCUCAUUUAUCCCCCAUUUUGUCCCUUUUCAGCCUCAUUUUUUGCAGUAUUUGUUCUUUUUGACCAAACUUUGACUCCUUUUGCAUCAAUUCCUAAUUUUGACCAUAUUUUGCCUCCUUUUAUCGAUUAUACAGCCUUGUUUUUGGAACAAAUGUUAUUGUUCCCUCACUUUGCCUCCACUGUGUACCCAGUCAUUCUCUCUUUUGGACCAAUUUAUCUUUCUGACCCAGUUUUGACAAGUUAUGUUCAUAAAACAACCAUGUCUUGCCAGUAUUUUCUUUUCUAAGGCAAUAUUCUGCCCUUAAUCUACAAUGUCACCAAAUUUUUCUUUUGCAAAACAUUUAUUUUUGACCCCGAUUUCACCCAAUUUUUACCUUUUAACCCAUAACAGAGCCUAACUUUUUGCAGCAUUGCUCUUUUUAACCUGCUUUACCCCCUUUUGCCCCCAUUCAUCAAUGGCACAGCCUCUUUUUUUGCAACAUUACCUCUUUUUGACCUGUACUUCACCCCCAUUUAUCAUGACAUAACCUUGUCUUUGCAGCAGUUUUCUUUCUGAUGCUGUUUUUCCCUUGUUCAUCUAUGACACAGCCUCCCCAGCGUUUUUUUCACCCUUUUUUGCCCUUGUUUCCCCCCUUUUUAUUCAUGACACAGCCUUGUUAUAAUGGACUUUGCUGUGUCUCUAUGUAGCAGCACAUUUGUAUCAAUGCCCUGAAUUUUCAGCUUUGAUUGAAUCCAUCAAAAGGUAGCAGAGUGAAGGUACAGACUUCAAACAUUCAGCUCCUCCCUUGCGUCACAGUGCAGUGUGACACAGGGUGGUACAGUAGAGCAGCGUGACCCCUUGUCUAAUCUUUUGCCAGUCCCUGUCGCUGACGCUAAGCUACAGUUAAGUGAGCUCCUCUGCCUCGCAAAGGCAAGUCACGUGCUGUUCUAGUGCCUCUAUCAAUGCCUUAAUUCAUGUGUCACCACUGGGCCUGCGCAUGCAACAACAUCACGUGCAGACGGAUGCAGAACGAGGUCAAAUUUUAACUCCCAGACAGAAGCAACCUGCUCCUUUUGUUCUCUGUGACAUCCACGUUUCACUUUUCAAAGACUUUCUCUGUUGUUUCUGAUUCAGAGUUUCAGAAGAUUGCAUUCAGAGAUGGUAAAAAGCCUUGAGGUGAAAAAUGUUCAUUAUGUAACUCUGAUCUCGUGGUGGCAUAGGAAGGAGACUCUGAACACCACAGAGAAAUGUAAAAUAACUGCACGAAAUAGCCGUGGAAAGAGAGAAUAUAAAGUGUUUGCUUGCACAUAGUUUCUCCUAAUCCUGUUGCUUCUGACUCACCUUUGAGUCAUAAUAAAAGUAAUACAUAAAGAUGAAUAUGACGUAAAGAUGCAGUGAUUUUGCUGGAGAUUUCACUAAACCCAAUCUAAGUUAUGCAUUUGGGCCAACUCAGUUUCAAAUAUGUUACUAGCUCUAUACAGUCGUAUUUGACUUCCUACAAAUGAAAGUCCUGGUAAUCAGUUAAAAUGCCAUUCAUAAUGAACAUUAUAUGUGUCCAAUCUUUCAAACAUAAAUUAACAGAAAAUUGUGCUGGUCCAAAAGCCUUCAAGAUAUGUAUUGAAGAAGCUUAAUAGAGCUCCCACAUUCACUUGGAUAGAACAUUUGAGUUUUUAAGACAUCCUUAAGACUUAAAUGCAUUCAGCUGUAGUUUUAUUAUGGAGAAAUCACAUGUUCCACCCAAAACAUGUAUAAAGAAACAUGUUGAUGACCAUUUUCUUAAUUUGUGACUUUGGUACAGACUAUUUGUAGUACCAUUAUGUUCUCUCAGACCACUGAAAUGCCAGAAAGAGAAGGGUAUAGUAGACACUUCAUCUCUGAAAGCCAUUCUCACAGACUGUUCAUCUCAGAAAACCAAUGUCUAGCUAUAUAUAAGAAAAGAGGUGCCAGAAUUUGCCAGUACAACAUAUUUCCAGUUCUAGAUGGUUUUUUUUCAAAUUCAACUUUCUUCAUAAGCAAAGUCCGUCAGUUCAAUUCAAGAAAAACCAUACUGCAAACAUUACAGACUAAGAAACAAUUCAUUAAUAAAAGACAAAAACCGUCAGAGGUCCAGUCCAGGAUUCAAGUAUGGAUAGACCAGUUUAGAAGUGAUUUCCCAAACAGUGGCUGUCUUUAGCUUUAUUAGCUUAAGCUCAAGCUAAUGUAGCUAUGUUUGCUAUGUAAUUGACAUUACUACAUAAGCCAGUGUAGCUAAGUUAGCUUUAGCAAUGGGAGCUUUAUCAAAUGUAACUAAAGCUAUUGUAGUUUUAUACACAGCUGCUUUGAGAGCUUAGCUUUAUCUAUGUUUGCUACUCUGUUAUCUAUAGUUAGCUUUAGCAAACAUAGUUUACUUGACCACAUAGAUAAUGUAUAUAUGUACCUUAAGUAGCUGCUUUGUGAGUUUAGUUUUAGCUAUGUUAGCUACAUAGCUCUGUUAUCUAUUGCUAAGUUAGCUUUACUAAACAUAUCUAAAGCUUACAUGGAUGACAUAGAUAUGUACUUUACGCAGCUGCUUUGUGAGCUAAGCUUUAGCUACGUAGCUUACAGAGCUAAUGGAGCUAUGUAAGCCAAUCGUGUCAGGAUGUUUAACGGAGGACAAGUUUCACCUGUAUGCAGACUGUUUAUUCACCUUAACUAAAUGUUUUGUAAUCAGGUUUAGCAGAUCAGGCUUUUUACCUUUGGUACUAUAACCUUUACCUCAACCUUUGCUUGCUUACCCCAACCCUUAACAGAAGUUUAAUCCAGUUUUGUACCAAAAGUUUUAGUGUGUAUUUCCGUUCUGAGAAAUAUGGUAUCUCAGAUGAACGGUCCGUGUGAGUGGCUGUAAGAAAUGUGGAGUCUGCUGUCAGACUGUUUUGAAUUUUUCAUGUUUUUAUUUAUCAGGGUAAAUGUUAGAUUGUACUUUUUAAACCAGGAUAAUCCAGAUCAUUGGUUCUUAACUGGUGGGUAAAGUUAAAAAAGUGAAUCACAAAGCCAUUCUCAGCAUUUUAAAAAAGGAAGUAGAUAUCUAAGAUAUGCUUUUAUUUUGAAGGACACUCCCAUUUCAAGUCCAAAUUUCCACAUCUCUCAUGAAUAUUUUGUUCUGAUUGGAAAAAAAAAAAUUUGGGUUGCAAAUUAUGUUUGAGGAGGUGUGUGAUGGGACGCAAGACCAAUUGAGAGCCACUGAUCUAGAUCCGUCAUCAGUAGCUAUCAGAAUCUUUCACAGGAAUACAAAUAAUGUGAACAAAAACUUAUGCAAUUUUGAAAUCAAAAGUAUUUGUUUUGUGCAGAAUCCCAACAUUUACAUACUGUCUGCCAUGUUCCUCUUCUUUUAAGAUGUGUUUCCACCAAACAGCCUGGUUCAGUUCAUACAUUCUGGUAAACUGUUGUUUUUUUUAUUAUUGCCCCAGCUGAUGUCUGUUAACCUUUGCUCAUAGUGAUAGGAAUCCUGGUGCUUUGCCAGAAAAAUGCACUCACCUUGUGUAACAAAUAUGCCAAUAAAGUUCUGCUCAGACACUUGGAGGUAAAACAAAAUGUCUUCAGCUCAUAUUUAGUAGUUUACUGAUAUUACAAGGAAUAAAUACUGCAACAAAAAAACAGGGGAUGUAAAAUUUGGCAGGUACAGACCAACACGCUGCCAAACAACAUCCAACCAAAAUUUCUUUUGAGGCAUUUUAAGAUUAAAAAAUUGCUAUCAGUUCAUAUUUUGGACUGUUUUGUGUCAUUACUGACUAAUAAGUUUAAAGUUGUGCACUUUUUACCUUAUGAAACAGGCACUCUGUGAUGUGCAUCCAAAUCUUGGCAGGUUUGCGUUUCUUGGCAUGCCACCUGCUCUUUUAGAGAUCUGGAUCAUUUGGCUCAGCUAAGAAAUAAGAAGAAGUCUUUCAACUCUCAUAUGGCUAUUUGUUGUUACUUUCUAGGCCUUUUAUGUCAGUUAAACAAAAACAAAAAAAAAAACCCUCUUAAACUGGAGAUGGAUGCAGGCAUUCUCAUAAAAGAAUCAGUAUUUUCAGUCAAACAAGUACCCCAUCACUAUUUCCCUUAAAGGCAUGUUUAUGACAAAAUGAGGGAGAAAAGCUGCUAAAGAGGCAUGGCUAGUCUUUGUGUUACUCCAGUAUUACUGUUGUUGCAGUAAUAAUAAUGGAUUCUUUGGCCAAUCAGCAGAAUGCAGUGAGUCCAGCUCCACUCUUGAAGGUCAGACAGGCACACUUGGAACCUCAGUGGACAGGUGCCAAAAAAGUAGGACGGUGCGGAUCGGUUAUUUGGUUCCUUUUCAAACUUUUUACAGAAAUAAAUGUUUACCAUACCAAAAUGAACUGAGAAAGUCCGCUUGGUGGAAACUCAGCUUUAGAAUAGUUUUUCUGUUAAGUAAAUUUCCAACAAUUCUUUGGAUUCUCCAUGAAUGCAGAGCCACUGUAGCUCAGAUGUUUCUUAACAUUUGUUAAACCAAAGCACUGUUUUAGUUCUAACCUUUAGACGUAGUUCCUCACCUUUAAACAUGGAAAUCAGUCCUAAAACAUGCAGUACCAUCUCUUCAUCCUGUACUUUUUGUCACUUUCAUGCUAACAUGUUGUAGCUUCCUCAUACAUAUUGGUUCCUGUUUGAAUAGCAUUGAAAGUUUGAUGGUGUCUGUUCAGUUCUCCAUUGUUUGCAUGAUAAUAAAAGCAUAAAAUGAAGCACAGGGCUAACAUCAAUGUCAAUGCACCAAAAAAAGAGAAAAGUUCUUCUAAAUGCACCGUCUGUAAACCCUUCUACCCCAUAGUUAAACCUGUUAGAGCAAGAGGAAGGAGAAUGUGACGAGUUUUCAGAAAACGAUGAAUACAAACGGCUUUAUAACACCAACAUUUACAACAAUAAGCUUUGAAAAUCCCUCAUGUGAAGAUUCAUGCUAUGCAAAUACAACAAAACAGUUCAAAUUGAAUACUCUUUUGGGGAUUUUUUGUGGGUAUUUUGAGCAUGAUAAACAGAUUGAAGAGUCUUUUUGUAAGAAAAAAUGUUUUAAGUGGCAAAGUGUCCUCACUUGUUCUUUAGUUGCUGUCGUCAUUGAUGUCUACUGGUGCUCCACAGUAUAUCUGAAUAUUAUAAAGAGGUAUAUUAUAACCAUUUACCACACGUUUGUAGCUUGUGCGUUUAUAUUUGCAAAAGAGAACGAGAGAGCUAACCAUCUGAGCCAAUGUUCUAUACAGAAACCUUUUUUCGUCCCAUCUGCUGGUGUCUACAACAUCCGCAGCACAUUGCUUUUUGUAUGUAUCUUAACAAUGUAACCGCUGUACUGUACAUUACUCUUUCUGGUUGGAAAAUGAAGCAUGCUGUGUGCUCCUGGCCUGCGAGGGGGAGGGGGGGACUCUCGGUCAUUAUGGUGCUGUCUGUCUUUCCCACACUGCUCUUUCUGUAGAGGUCACAGCCUGACUGACAGCUCCAAGCGGCGUCCGCUCUGUGCUCCAACAGUAUCAGGCUGUCAUAUUUGAUGUGCACUCUUUAGACUUGUUUAAGAGUCUCUGCUCAGAGGCUCUAGUGGAAACGGGCUUCGCUCUACAAGUCUCUGUAUCUUUCUGUGUCUGUAGUCAAAGUCAAGUAUAUACAGUAUAUAAAUAUAUAUCUAUUUUCUUUGUAUGCAUAUAUUCAUUACUAUUUUUGCACUGACCUAAGGACAGAUGGAUUUAUUUUUUCCACAAAGGGUGCUAUAAUAACGGAGGCCUUCUCCCACACCUUUUUGCAUGACUUGCUAAAAAAAACAACAAAUCCUCAACUGGUCUGUCAUCUCUCCUACUACUCCUCAAACUGUUGCAAAUUGAAGCACUGUAAUUUUGUAAUCCCUACUUGUGAGCUUUGAAAUAAACAGGGAGGCUUCAAGUUUA